CCCACACGUUGACGAGGAAGUGCCGACGUUUGCAGAUGCGUUGCUACUUCAAUUGAUUAAAACUCUAUCCCCAUCUUCAUCUGGACCAAGCCGACUUGAGCAUGUUACUGGAAAACAGACGAUGAAAGAAAGGCAAACGCCCGUCCCAAAAGGGGUGUGUCCUCGGCGAUAAAGCCAAGGCUGGCUGUAGACUGCAGUGAGGGACGCGACCCGGAUGUGAACCACGCGCUCCACCUCCUGACGCACUGGACCCCCUCCCUCGGGAUUCUGACUGCGAGUGCCCAGAACGUGAAUCGCUGAGGUUUUCGGGUGUUUCCGCACACCCGCCCCCUCGAUAUGGAGCGGACGAAAACCUUUUGGGGGAGCCUACGGCAGCGGGCGAAGCCCAAGAAGUACUCUGACAAGCUGGCGAUAAGGAAGAAGGGCUUGCUGGAUCACAGGCUGAGCUCAUCCGCGACUGACGUGAGGGAACCUGCCCUGGCGUGCACCCCGGCGCAGUAUUUGGCCGCGCCCAUGCCGACGCUCAACCCGGACGCGGCACUCCCCGCCAGGGGCGGGUCGCCGAGUGGCUCCCUCAAGGGGGACAGACUAGAAGUGCCCUCUCCAGACAACGCAGACAGAGCCUCCAUGGAGUCUGGGAGCAGUGGCCCCUUGGACAAGCCCCAACCCAGGCCUGGAGAGUUGGACGAGGGACCGGAGCCUUCUGAAUCGGGCAUUCCACCGUCGGCAUGGGUUAUACCCACUGUGGACAUACAGGAGGCAAGGAGUGAGUACAUUGAGGGUAAUGACCUGGACAGCCAAUCGGUGCAGGACAUGGGGGAGAGCAGCGCUUUAGACGUGGGAAGUGGCGUGUCUGAGAGGAGCUUCUACCUGCUCACCAUCACCUUGAGAGAGGGCCGAGAGCUGGUGAUCAGGGACCGCUGCGGAACGAGUGACCCGUACGUCAAAUUCAAGUUUGAAGGAAAGACUGUUUACAAAAGCAAAGUGAUCUCUAAAAAUCUGAACCCCACCUGGAACGAGUCCUUCUCUCUUCCGUUGCGCAGUCUGGAGGAGAACCUGCAGGUGAAGGUGUAUGACCGUGACCUGACCAAAGAUGACUUUAUGGGGGCCGCAAGUAUAGACCUGAGCGAACUUGAGCUGGGCAAAACCAGUGAGAAGGUGCUUCAGCUAGAUGAUCCAAACAGCCUGGAGGACAACAUGGGUGUGCUGGUGAUUGACGCCUGCCUCUCACUCAGAGACGGGGAAAGCAGACAACACAAGUCAUCUAAAAGAAUAAAGAGCCUCAUGACGGGGUCGUCGCCGCAGACCAAGCGGCUGUCUGACUCACACAGGAAGAGCCAGCUGUGGAGCGCGGUGGUGAGCGUCACCCUGGUGGAGGGCCGGGACCUCCCGGAGAGCGGGCAGGCGGAAGUGUUCGUCCGGUGCAGACUGGGCGACCAGAAGUACAAGACCAAGGGUAUGUGCAAAACGGCCAACCCUCAGUGGAGAGAGAGGUUUGACUUCAACCGCUUCCAGAGUGGACCGGACAUCCUGGAGCUGGAGGUGUGGGCCAAGGAGGGGCGCAAAUACGAGGAAUGUUUUGGAAUGUGUGAGGUGGAUCUCUCUCAGGUGCCUGUAAACCAGCAGAAGCUCUUCUGCCUGGUGCUGGAUCGCAGACGGGGCGAGCUGGUGUUCCUGGUUACCGUGACGCCCUGCAGUGGGGUGUCCAUCUCCGACAUCUGCGCCCCCCCACUGGAGGAACCCCAGGAGAGAGAAAACACAAUCACCAGAUACUGUUUGAAAAACUCCUUUAAAGACGUGAGGGAUGUGGGAUUCCUCCAGGCCAAAGUCAUCAAGGCCACUGACCUCAUUGCAGCCGAUCUCAACGGAAAAAGUGACCCUUUCUGUGUCUUGGAGUUGGGGAACGACAGACUGCAGACCCACACCAUCUACAAAACCCGCCACCCGGAGUGGAACAAAGUCUUUACCUUCCCAGUUAAAGACAUCCAUGAUGUGCUGGAGGUGACCAUUUUUGAUGAGGAUGGAGACAAGGCACCGGAUUUCCUUGGGAAAGUGGCCAUUCCUCUGCUCUCUGUGCAUAAUGGGCAGCAGGCCUCCUACGUGCUGAGGAAGGAGGACCUUGAGGGCCAGUCAAAAGGAAGCAUAUCCUUGGAGCUGGAUGUCAUUUUUAACCCAGUCCGAGCAGGUGUCCGGACCUUCAAACCAAAAGAGAUGAAGUUCAUGGAGGACAACCCCAAGUUUUCCAAAAAGAUCUUAGCGCGUAACGUGCUGCGGGUGAGGGCGAUCACCAGAGCGCUGCUGUAUACUUUACAGUACAUUAAGAGCUGCUUUCAGUGGGAGAGCACCAAGAGGACAAUCAUCGCCUUCUCCGUCUUCGUCUUCACGGUGUGGCACUGGGAGCUCUACCUGCUGCCACUGCUCCUCCUCCUCCUCAUGGCCUGGAACUACGUCCAGGUGGCCUUUGGGAAGGACAACCAAAACCAAGACCUGGACAAUAUGGGUGAUUAUGAAGACGAAGAUGAUGAUGAGAAGGAGUCUGAGAAGAAAGGGCUGAUGGAAAAGAUCCACAUGGUCCAAGAAAUUGUGGUUACCGUUCAGCACAUUCUGGAAGAAAUCGCAUGCUUUGGAGAACGAGUCAAGAACACAUUUAACUGGUCAGUGCCCUUCCUGUCCACCCUCGCCUGCUUGGUUCUCACUGUGGCCACAGUAUUGAGUUACUUCAUCCCACUGCGCUACAUUGUCUUAAUAUGGGGCAUCAACAAGUUUACCAAGAAGCUGCGCAAUCCAUACGCCAUCGAAAAUAACGAGGUCAUGGACUUCCUCAGGAGAGUUCCCUCCGAUGUGGAGAAGGUGCAGUACGGCGAGCUGAGGGUGGCCGCCGGCCAGACACCGCUCAGGAAGAAGCCCCGUACGCCGUAGGCCCGGGUCGGGAGGGGGGGUAGGGGGGUAUCUGCUGACUGUCCGUCCGUCCGUCUCCCCUGAAUGUUCGUACGCGUCACUUCAGCGAUGCCGGCCGGUGGUGUGGGGGGAGGCUCAUUCAGGUUGGGCCCCCCUCCCCCCUUUGAAGACCUAUCGGUCACAAACAAGAGCCCACAAACGAGAGGCCGCAAAAAUCUAGCCUGCUGCCCCCUGCCAUGUCCCCCCCCCCCGAUGCUGGGGAGGCCCAUCCUCUGCCAUGUGAACUGACCUGAGCCCUCAACUAUAAACGAGGAGCCACAACAUGGAGGUAUCCAAAAUGGCCGCCUGCGGAACCACCGACGAUUGUGUUUGUUAAAGCAAAGCUUGUAGUUUACAUUAGUUACUACUCACACUGAGUCCCUCCAGUAAUUUCACUGGUUUUUAUCAAAUACCGAUUGCUUUGACAUGAUGGAAUGAAUGUCCUUGGGUUUUUUUUCUUUUUUUCUUUUAAGUGGCCUUGCCCCGACCACAGAAAAUAGAAAUCACUGCUGCAGCACACAUUUAUAUCAUAAUUUAUUGAACUUUAGAGUGUGUCUUUCUAUUGAGUACAGUAUGUUAGCAUCUUGAUUAAACUGCUGUUUGUGUUUCCUGUGAGUUCUCAUAUUUCCACUGUUUCUUAGAUUUUCUAUUUAAUAAGCCAAAAGUGUAUCAGUUGGUGGCACAACAGGAAACUGAAUCUUGUUCAAAAGUUUCUUUGCACAUGGUGGAACUGUCAUUUAUUUCCAUAAAACUUUACUUUAAUAACUGUUAACAUAGACCAUUGUAAUCAAAGUGUACUAUUGUUUGUACUAUUGUUUUCUUGAUAAGGAGGAUGUUUUUAUGAAUGUAAAAAUGAAUACAUUUCUUUGGCAACUGCAUUUUUACAGAUUUAACACCAAUGAUGUUACUGAAUUUAUUUUAUUCACAAUUGUAUAAUUCAUGUAACAUUGUGUGAUAUGCUGGUUUCAUGGUGGUGGACAUAGUAAUAUCACAGUAUUAUAAUAAUGAUAAGUGUAAUUAUCAUUAUUAUAUUAUCUGCUUCCAGUAGUAUGAUGUUAUGCUCAUUUUUCAGAUACUUAUGCACUCAUCUUAAUGGUUAAGAUUGUUGUGUACCUCCUCUGCUCAAGACAAAAUAAAUGUAUUUAUUUUUUAUCUUUGUGGCAUUUCUCACCACAGCA